AGCACCUAGCGGAACACAGGAAGGAAACCUCACACAAAAGACAUUCUGUUGGACUUGUUGAUCUACUCUCACGCAUUGUUCAACACGGAUUUGUUCGGCACAACUUUGAGGAUUUAUUUGGACUUUUCUCCGGGGAACUACUUCAUUCGACUCACUGGUAUUUUUGUCGAGAUUGUUGUUAUUAAUUCGAAAUACAGAUCAUUUAAAUAGUGUUCGACGAGCCGGUCGACAUGUGUCACCACUGACAUGCAAAGAUCUCACGGGACUGCAGUGACCACAGAAGCGACCGCGGGACGUCCGCGGCCUCAGUCGAGCGAGAGCCGCAAAGAGCAGCAGCAGAAGGGCUCCGGCGUCUGCUCGCCCGACACCGAGGGAGGCGGCGCAGGAGGAUCACCCGCAGCGGUCGCGCCGCGGUCGCAGUCCCGCAGUCGGAGCAGCGUCCCCGCAGCGCUCCCCUCCCCGGAGCGCCGCGGCGUGUUCGAGACAAGAACCAGCUUCCCCUUUCCCUACCGGCGCUUGUCGAGCGGAUACUACUCCGUCGAGGGCGAUUCGCUGCCGUGCUCGCCUCACUCGCCUCACUCGCCGCGCGCCUCCAACCAGCCGCCCAGCCCCCACGCCCUGACGCCGCACCAAGACUUCGACGUGACGUCUCUCGAGAGAAUCGGAACUAUUCCCAGGAGCUCUGGGGCCGAGAUUGGACACGCAGUGGUGCGGGAUAUGCAGGCCGUGGCGAUCGGACAGGAUCUUCGACGGAUCGGAGAUGACUACAAUGACUACAUACUUCGGAGAGGGAGGCACAGACUGGCAGCAGCCCGUCAAAACCCGCCACUGAUGCUGCACAUGGAACCCGCCUUCGUGAUCGGCAUGGGCGUCCUGGUCCUCGUGAUCGUCUGGUACUUAGGCGGAGACCCCAACAGCCACCCGGAUCAUCCUCAGGGAAUUGGAUACUUUAAGGAACUCUAAAAACAUCUGGAUUUCCAUGUUCCUCCCCCCACUCCUACUCUCUGAGCCUUUGCCAUGAAACCAAAGAGUUGGGAAUUUGCACUCCCAUCCAGAACACAAACAAGCCCUGCUCACAAGCCCCGCCCCCCAGAAGAUGACACCUGUGGAAAUCCAAACGUGCCUUGUACAUUCUCCUGCUAAUUCUUUUUGGUUUACUUGUUUGAGAUGUUGUACAGAAAGGUAAAUGAGUCAACUCUGCAGACCCCGGGGUUGUUAAAUGAUGUGUGGGUCCAUGAAUUCCCAAGAUGAAAGGGAUCUUUGAAACUCCUUGUCACAGCUCAAAAGCAACGGUUUCGAUUACGUUUCUCCUCGUCUCAUAUCCGUUUUUUUUAAACCCAUGUUUGAAUACGUUGCACCUUCUCUGUCCAUGUGCCAACAAAAUACACUUGAUCAGUUUUUUGAAUGAAAUUUCUUUGGCAGGCCUUCACUUAAAAAAAAAAAAAAAAAUCCUCAAACCACCCUCAAGAAAGUCUGAGAGCAGAAGUCGUUUUACCGCCACAUCCUUUCCCUAAAAUGCUCAAGAAACGACAGCGCUUUCCCCAAACCUUUUAAGAUGCGUCCUCUCUUCAGUAUGCCAACGGAGUUAGCGCAUCCCGUCUCCUGUCCGAAAAAAAGAGCCAGAAGACCUUUAUUCACAGCCUUUCCCAAGCGUAACUCCUAAAUUCAAAUUCCUUAAACAUGCCAACGGAGUGCCCUUGGACUCCCCUGAAAAAAAAGAUGAUAAAGCCGAUAUAAUAUGUGGAACAAACAAGGUCUUCCAUGACGUGUAUACAAAUAUGAAUUUAUGAAUCAAGAUCUCAUCAUCUAUGCAAAACAUGAUCAUCUCCAAGAGACUUCGGUGUUUGUGUAAACCACUCGAACCGAAUCAAUCCAGGCACUAUUUGCCCCGUUUUGGUCCUGGACUGCAUUCUAGGGCACCGCUUUCCUUCUCCGUUCUCGGUUUCAGCCUGCGAACGUGCAGUAUCAUUAUCAUCAUCUCUCAGGCAUCCGUCUCCAGCCGUUUAUUAGCGCAGUGCUUCCCUUCUAAUUCUUUGCGUGCCCGCCGGUUUUUCAAACACUCCCGGAAAGAGAGCCAAUGAAUGGUUAGCUAACACGCCUGCUAGCCCGCUACAAAUACUGAUUGGUUGCCAGAGUCGGUGAAUUUCCAGACGCCGUAAAAGAGCUUUUUUUUUAAUAGAUUAAUCCCCUUUUACUUGCGUUAAACACAUUGAAACGUAUUAAACCACGCUCGAAACAUACUUUGUGAAGUCUUUGUUUGCGCAUGUUCUUUCUCUCUCGGUGUCAAGUAAUGGGUGACAAUCGCGUGGCAUCACUAAGGAAGCCAAAAGAAAACUCAUUGCCCGGUUCUCCAAAUAAGAGGCACGGUGUGAUCACUUGAAGUUGUCACUCACGGUUCAAGUUACUGAAAAACUGAAGCAUAGGAAAAGAGAAUUACACGUCGCUAGCUUAAUGCUAGCAUCCAAUGGAAAACGACAUUGAGGGGUUAGCCGAAAUUAGCAUAGAUGUUGCAGUAAUUAUAUAUAUAUUUUUUGUCAUCUGAACUCGUAAAAUAUAUUUUUGGGCCGCAACCCUUCCAAAUCAUUGGCAAACAAUCCACAUAAUUCUGAACGAUUAAUUAAGAGAUUGUUGUGACACCUGAGUUGCUAAUCUUGCGAUAUUCCUUUAA